UAUCAAGUUUGACAUAACAUCCGGUUAUAAGACACUUUGUAUAUACUUGAAAGUUUAAUUUUUAAUAUGGUGUAAUCUUGCAUAAGGACUAGUUAAUUAAUCUGUAAGAAUACCUGACAUCUAUUUAUCGAUUUAGUUUCCAUUCGUGAACAAUAAUCUUGGUGCGGCAAUGCAGACGAUCUAAAGUUGACAUUAUUAAAUUCGCAUGCAUGGAAGUGUAAACGUCAUUCGUGUAAAUAUUUUUGAUACUGAUAAUUUAAUUAAAUCUAUAAAAAAUAUCACGGAAGAUUAAUUAUUUACUAUAAUAUAUGAUUUUUGAAAAUUUUUGGACAUUGUAGUAAGAAUGGCAGAAAUUGAGUGGCCGUGGCAGUAUAGUUUUCCUCCGUUCUUUACUCUUCAACCUCAUACAGACACUAGAGCUAAACAAUUAGCAGCAUGGAAAAGUUUAAUAUUAGAAUAUUACCGUGUGACAAAACAGUCUAUUGUUGAUAUUCGAGAAGCCCACUCAAGCCCAUUGUUUAAUAAUGCUGCAAUUAACCGAAAGUUACCAUCAGAAGUUGUUCUAUUACUUUUAGAAGAAUUAGCAAAGACUGAGAAUGCGAGUUCAUUAGAUAAGAAUAAACAAAGAUGGUUAGUUUAUUGGCACACUUUAGAAGAAUGGGGUGAGAUGAUUUAUAAUUGGGCACAAGAAAAAGGGUUUAUUGGAUCUGUAUGCACUUUAUUUGAAUUAACGCAAGGAGAAGAUACAAUAGAACAAGAAUUUCAUGGGCUUGACACAGAAGUAUUAAUUAGAGCACUCAGGACCUUAGAAGCAAAUAAGAAAGCAGAGUUAAUUUUAUUUGACGACAAUCAAGGUGUAAAAUUUUUCUAAAUAGGUAACUGUAUAAACAGAAUUGUUUACAAAAUGUAAAUAUAAGCCUAUCAAAGGAUUUAGUGAGUGACAUAAGGAAUUCAUAAAUUGGAAUAUAUCCAAAAUUUAAUCACAAAAUUAAUUAUAAAAGUACAUAUUUAAGUAUGGUUUACAGAAUAUUAUUUCUUAAGACUUAUUACUAAUAAAAUCUGUAUAAUAAAUACUAUAUAUGUACAUAAAUGAUACAUGUAGAAACAAUAUUCAAGAUAAUUUUUUAUACUUGCUGUACUCAAUAAAUAUGUGGAAUGUUUUAACAGUA